UCUCUUGGCUUCUUCACCCGUGUUCCCUUGGCAACAUUUCAAAGUGCAUGCAGAUAUUUGGGGUCAGUGAUGGAGUUCUGGCCGACCCUGGCCCAGAUCCUGCUGAUGAGCAACCUCGCGGACCGGCCGCAAAUGGUGCAGAUGCGGGAUUUCAGCAUGAAGGACAUCAUUCAGCUGCACCCUUCAACAACGCCUCAUCCUGGAGGAUUCAAGUGCUUCACAUGUCAAGAUGCUGCAGAUAACUACGAGUGUAACCGCUGGGCACCGGACGUGUAUUGUCCACAAGACAGCAGGUACUGUUACACCACCCAUGUGAUGGAUCGCCAUGGCAACAGCAUCUCCGUGACCAAGCGAUGUGUCACCCCGGAGGCGUGUCUGUUGACGGGCUGUGCUGACGUCCAUGACGGAGGCCACCAGGUGUGCUCGUCCUGCUGCCAGGGGAACAUUUGCAACGUGUCGCUUCCCAGAAACCACAGCGCCGCCCUUUUUUCCUCCACAUCCCCUCUGGCCAGCGCGGCGGCCGCGCGACGUCACGCACAGACACCGAGUGACGUCAUCAUCAUUGGCGUCCUUGCACUAGGAUGUCGAUGAGACGCAAAUAGAGACCGGACGUGGACAUGAAUAUUACAAAACAAAACAUGUGGUUUAUGAUGACUUUUUAUUUCAAAACACAUGGCAAAUCUGUGCUCAUAAACCAGAUCGUAGUGUCAAAACUUCUUUAGCCUGUGUGAUAUCAUGUGCGAUACAAG